GUGUGUCGGCGCAGUCCUUCCUUCACUGCUUUACACUGACUAGUUCUGCUUUUAAUCUGCAAGUUGCAACUCCUGGGGGGAAGUCAAUUGAUUUUGUGGAUGUGAACGAGAGCAACGUGCGCUGGAUCCAGGACUUCCGUAUGAAAUCGUAUGCGAACCCUGCCAAGUUGGAGUCGAUUGAUGGCGCUAGAUACCAUGCACUGCUGAUUCCAGACUGUCCCGGGGCUGUGACUGACCUUGCAAACAGUGGGUACCUGGCUAAGAUACUGCAGCACUUCAGCACAGAGAGCAAGCCUAUCUGUGCCAUUGGACAUGGAGUUGCAGCUUUGUGUUGUGCCACCAAUGAGGAUAAAUCCUGGGUGUUUCAGGGAUACAGCCUGACAGGGCCUUCUGUGUAUGAACUAGUAAGGCAGCCGAAUUUUGCCAGUUUGUCCAUUAUUGUGGAAGAUUUUGUGAAAGAUUCGGGAGCCACGUUUAGUGCCAGCAGUCCGGAUGCUGUACAUGUUGUGCUGGACAGGCACCUGGUGACAGGACAGAAUGAAAAUUCCACUCUUCCUGCGGUCCAGAAUCUUCUUAUUCUUUGCAAUGUGAGGAAAUGAAGGAGCAGGUCUCUUUGCAAAUAGGAUGGAUGAAGAGCCAGGAGGCUAAGGAUUUUCUUGUCUGUUAACUGGUUAAAACAUGCCUCUAAAUUUGUCCUGGACUGUGAAGUGACUGUGACAGUG